UUUGGAAAUAGUCACUCCUUCCACGCGCGGACUGUGGAGGCAGAGCCACAGCACCGUCGUCUGCUUCAGCGGACUAAUACCAGUAAAGGAACGCAGGCGUUGGGUUUAACGUCGUAGCGUGUUCGAAAGCGGUAGAUGCCAGUGAGUGUGUCGAGGGCGAUGGGUCGGUGCGCGUCGGAGCCGCCGUGACAACAGCGUCCUCGGAGCCGCCGCUGCCCUUUCGCACAUGGAAACCGAGUCCGUACGCGCGCGGUGCUAGUUUGAAGACGGACAACAUGACAGUUGUGCGAGGGGCCCAUUCAUACAACGCGAGCCCUGGCUCUCCGAAGGAGAAUGGACUCGGCGCGCCGAACCCGCCUCAGUCCGGCGCAAACUUUGCGCGUUUCCCGGCGGGGAGCGCACCCGACGAGACCCCGGUGUCCUCCACCAGCGAGCUGACGCACACCUGGGUUCACUUCGCCAAAACGUUUGUUCUCAUUUUCCCCAUUUACGUGCUGGGCUACUUGGAGUUCAGCUUCAGCUGGCUGCUGAUUGGACUGGGUGUCUUUUUCUGGUGGAGGAGGAACACGGGUGGGAAGCAAAGCAGGCUGAGCCGAGCUCUGUCCGUCUUUGACGCGGAGGAGAGACGUGUCAGCCAGGGUAUUCUGACCUCUGAUUUACCACCAUGGGUCCACUUUCCCGACGUGGAGCGAGUGGAGUGGCUGAACAAGACGGUGAAACACAUGUGGCCGUACAUUUGCCAGUUCGUGGAGAAAGUGUUCAAGGAGACGAUCGAGCCGGCGGUGAAGGAGUCCAACUCCCACCUCAGCACCUUCUGCUUCAGCAGGAUCGACAUCGGAGACAAACCUCUGAGGAUCAAUGGAGUCAAGGUUUAUACUGAAAACGUGGACAAAAGGCAGAUCGUCAUGGAUCUGCAGAUCAGCUUUGUGGGCAAUACAGCGAUUGAUGUGGACAUCAAACGCUUCUACUGCAAAGCCGGAAUAAAGAGCAUCCAGAUCCACGGCAUGCUGAGGGUGGUGAUGGAGCCCUUACUGGGAGAUAUUCCUCUCGUCGGAGCUCUGUCCCUGUUCUUCCUCAAGAAGCCACUUCUAGACAUAAACUGGACCGGCCUCACCAACAUACUGGACAUUCCUGGGCUCAACGGCUUCUCUGACAGCAUAAUUCAAGACAUUAUCUACAGCCACCUGGUUUUACCCCAGCGCAUCACCAUCCCGCUGAUCGCCGACGUGGAACUGGCGAAGCUGCGUUUCCCCAUGCCGAAGGGAGUCCUACGGAUCCACUUCUUGGAGGCUCAGGAUCUGGAACCCAAAGACACGUUUCUGGGAGGUCUGAUAAAGGGCAAAUCGGACCCGUAUGGCAUCCUGCAGGUUGGAAACCAGCUGUUCCAGAGCAAGACGAUCAAGGAGACGCUGAACCCGAAGUGGAACGAAGUUUACGAGGCGACGGUGUACGAGCACUCGGGGCAGCAUCUUGAGAUCGAGCUCUUUGAUGAGGACCCAGAUAAAGAUGAUUUCCUGGGCAGCCUGAUGAUUGAUGUGGCUGAGCUGCACAAAGAGCAGAAGGUGGAUGAGUGGUUUGAACUGGAGGAGACGUCGACUGGGAAGCUCCACUUGAAAAUGGAGUGGCUGUCGCUGCUGCCCACUCCUGAGAAGUUGGACCAGGCGCUGCAGAGCGUGCGAGCAGACAGGAGCCUGGCCAACGACGGGCUCUCGUCGGCGCUGCUGGUCGUCUACCUGGACUCGGCCUUGAAUCUGCCUAGUGUCUUCAGUGGCAGCUUAGGCUGCGGGACUUUAAGUGAGAGGAGAGCGUCUGGCCUAGUCUUUUGUGAGAGCACUCCCUCAGAGUGUAGAACCGCCUUCUCUGCGAAGAAGAGCAGCAGCGAUCCCAGUCCUUACGUUCAGUUCACUGUGGGACACAAAACCCUGGAGAGUAAGGUUCGGUAUAAGACCAAGCAGCCUCUGUGGGAAGACUGUUUCUCAUUCCUCGUCCACAAUCCCAGGAGGCAGGAGCUGGAGGUGGAGGUAAAAGAUGACAAGCACAAGUGCACCCUGGGGAAUCUGACGGUGCCCUUGAGCAGUCUGUUAACGGAGGAGGAAAUGACGCUGACUCAGGGCUUCCCUCUCAGAAACUCCGGGCCGAGCUCCACCAUCAAACUCAAGAUGGCUCUGAGGAUCCUGUCUUUGGAGAAGCAGGCCAGGUCGGACCGGCCCUCCUCAGUCCAGGUCAGAAAGUUGAGCGGGCAGCAGUUAACCCCGGCUCCGUCCCAGAGGCCGUCGACCCCAGACUCGCCGUUGGCCUCGCCGUUGGCCUCGCCGUUGGCCUCGCCGCGCCCGCCGCCGCCCGUGGAUGCGUCCUCGCUCACCCUCCACCAGGCGGACGGCGAGCCGUACUCAGCCAGCCCGCUCCACAGCACGUCCGACCUCAGCGCCUGCGUGUCGGGCUCCCAGAAGCACCUGCCCCAUAAGGAGUCCACGCCCAGCCUGGCCUCGGACAUCUCCCUGCCCUUCGCCUCCCUGGAGCUCCAGCAGCGGCUCCGGCAGCUGCAAAAUGGCUCGGCCCCCAGCCAGUACCCCCUGGGUGAGGUCCAGCUGACUAUCCGACACAGCCCCCAGAGGAACAAGCUCAUAGUGGUGGUGCACGCCUGCCGUAACUUGAUAGCCUUCACCAAAGACGGCUCCGAUCCCUUCAUCCGCCUGUAUUUGCUGCCUGACAAGAGUCGGACCGGGAGGAGGAAGACCAGCGCCAUGAAGAGGACCCUCAACCCUGUUUACGAUCAAAUGUUUGAGUUUAGUGUGUCCCUGGUGGAGCUCCACAGGAGAACUCUGGAUGUGGCGGUGAAGAACGGAGGCAGCAUCCUCUCCAAACACAAAGGGCUUCUGGGAAAAGUGCUGGUAGAUUUAAUUGGGGACGAUAUAGCAAAAGGAUGGACACAGUGGUACGAUCUGAGUGAAGAUGGAUUGUCUUCUCAAGGCAUAACAAGAAUUCCAGAUCCCCUUCUCACAUAGUCAAAUCACCUAGUUUAUGGUUAAUUUGUGUAUUAAAAUGUAUUUUAUUAAAUUCUUGUACAUGGUUUAUUUGCAGAAAUAUUGUGAUUUCAGCAUGACGUAUGUCUUUGAAGUAUUUAUAUUAUUAUUUAAUUACAAGUCACGAUUUGAAGUAUUGUAAUAUACUGUAAUAAAACACACUGACUGCCUUGUCUCUGUUCUUAGUGUUUUAGGUAAAUAUUGAUUUGCUCCUACUGUAUGUAAGUAGGGAAAUUCACAGGGCUUUUCCUGGUAUUACACGUCUUUAAAGGGAAUGUUUAUAAACUCUGUUAUAGCUUUUUGUUCAGAUUUGAUGCAACCAAUUCUGUUUUGUGUUUUUUUUACCUAAGGAACAGACACGAUCACAGCAGUGGGCUGAAGUAGCGUCUGAUUUUGAUCUUUUAGACAUGCAGUGUUAUUUGAUCGUUUAUGCUUGAUUAUAAACAUGGAAUGCAAAUAUGCAACUAAUUAACGUCUUGCUGUUUGUUUAAAGGAGGUUUUUGAUGCUGAGCAUUGUCUCAGCUACUAGAGACAAUUUAGGGCUAUGAACAAAUUAUGUAGAGUAUAUGGAGGAUACUUGAAUAAGGGUUUCUUGCUAGACCCAGUUGCAAGUGGAACAGACUAAAAGUACAAUAUAAAUAAUUGCUGCAUAUUAUGAGCAGGGUCACUGGAGUUUCGCAGAAAGACGACACAGAUAUGUCAGAGGCUUGUAUGUGUUUUGAGUGCAGUUUGCUUAAGCUUUUAAAUACUUUUCUUGUUACAUAUUCCGUGCCUUAAAAACACUAUGUAAUUUUUUGCCUUCUUAAUGUUAUUAUUUUAAAUAAAAUGAUGCCAUGUGGCUUUUAAGGAAUAAAAAGCUUUUGAUUGAUUUUGAUUGAAUAA